AUGGAUAAAAGAAACCACUCAGUUGUGACAGAGUUUAUUUUUAUGGGCAUUACUCAAGACCCACAAUUGCAGAUUAUCUUCUUUGUAGUGUUUCUUGCUGUCUACAUGAUCAAUGUGAUAGGCAAUGUUGGUAUGAUUAUCCUCAUUGUGAUGGAUGCACAACUGCAUACACCAAUGUACUUCUUCCUUUGCAAUCUCUCCCUCGUGGAUCUUGGCUACUCAUCUGCCAUUGCUCCCCGAAUGUUGGCAGACUUCCUGACCCAGCACAAGGUCAUCUCUUUCUCCAGCUGUGCUACUCAAUUUGCCUUCUUUGUGGGGUUUGUAGAUGCUGAGUGCUAUGUCUUGGCUGCCAUGGCAUAUGAUCGAUUUGUGGCUAUCUGCCGCCCACUUCACUAUAGCACCAUCAUGUCUAACCGAGUAUGUCUGGUGCUUACGGUGGGUUCCUACCUGGCUGGACUGGUAAGUCUGGUAGCCCAUACUUCCCUCACAUUCAGUCUAGAAUAUUGUGGUUCCAACAUCAUCAAUCAUUUCUUCUGUGAAAUCCCACCACUCCUGGCUCUCUCUUGUUCAGACACCUACAUCAGUGAAAUCUUACUCUUCAGCCUGUGUGGCUUCAUUGAGUUCAGUACCAUACUCAUCAUCUUCAUUUCCUAUGCCUUCAUCCUUGUGGCCAUCCUCAGGAUCAGCUCUGCUGAAGGCCGCAUCAAGGCUUUCUCAACUUGUGGAUCCCAUCUCACUGGUGUCAUCCUUUUCUAUGGGACAGUCAUGUUCAUGUAUCUUAGGCCAACAUCUGCUUACUCUCUGGACCAAGACAAGUGGGCUUCUGUGUUCUAUACUGUCAUUAUUCCUAUGUUGAACCCUAUUAUCUACAGUUUGAGAAAUAAAGAUGUGAAAGCUGCCUUUAAAAGACUGACCUGUAAGAAACCUCAGUAA